AUGAAAAAAGGGAUUUUGACUUUGAUGAUGUUUUUAAUGCCAAAAAAGGGUUUGCUGCCGCUGCACUCUUCCUGCAACGUGGGGGCGGGGGGGGACGUGACUCUGUUCUUUGGACUCAGCGGCACCGGCAAAACCACCCUCUCCGCGUGUGUUCGCCGGGAGCAUGUGGGGGAAAACGACCGCAGCUGGUCGGAUGUACUGGGGACUAGGUCCACUUCUCGAGGCCGAGAUUUACUAGGAGAUGAUGAGCACUCUACCUCUCGAGGCCGGGAUUUACUAGGAGAUGAUGAGCAUGUUUGGUCCCCCGCGGGCGUCUUCAACAUCGAGGGCGGCUGCUACGCCAAGUGCAAAGAC